AUGGUGGGGAAGCCGGUGACGUCGCAAGCCCGGGCUGGCAUCGCGCUCGGUGGCCUUGGAUAUGAGCCUUCCUGGAGCAGUAUCCCCUUCGAGAGCUAUGACGGCAUGACACAGCUGCAGUUUCAGGAGUCGAACGCUCCCUAUCUCCGCCAUGGUGGUGAGGUGCCGGCAUAUCUACCACCGGGCUGGCGCAAAGUGGAGAGCAAGAAACCAGGCAAGCAUCUCUACGUGCAUGUGGCCUCGGGCACCAUCUCCCACGUUCCCGUGGACAUCUUCGAUCCGAAGGCUGGCACGUGGGUGGAAGUGGAUGCAUCCAAGAGGGACAAGAAGGCGCCAGUGGCUUUGCCGCCACUGCCAACGCGACCAGCACCGGCGCAGGCCUCGCCGGCGGCGUUGCCUCCACCCUCGGGUGGCUCCAGCGGCUCGCUGCCGGUGGCUUUGCUGUUCCCUGGCCAGGGAUCCCAGUAUGUGAAGAUGAUGGCGGGAGUUAAAGACCUGCCGGCCGUGAAGGAGAUGCUGGAGACGGCCAACAAGAUCUUAGACUUUGAUCUGCUGGAGCUUUGCCUCAAGGGACCAGAAGCAGAACUCGAGCGCACGAAGUUCUGCCAGCCGGCCAUGUACGUAGCCGGGCUCGCUGGCAUGGAGAAGCUGAGGUCCACGCAGCCGGAGAAGGUUGAUCGUCGCCAAGCUGUCGCUGGGCUCUCUCUUGGAGAGUACACAGCCCUCACUGCAGCCGGCGUCUUCGACUUCGAGACCGGGCUGAAGGUCGUGAAGCUUCGGGGUGAAGCCAUGCAGUCUAGCGUUUCCUUCCCGGCGGCAUUCGACAUGCUUCAUGUCUGGAAAGCUUCUGGCGAAGAGUUGGCCGCCAUAUCGUCGAAGAAGCUGCAGACUGUGAGGGGUUUGAAGAAUCAGCUGGAGGGCUUCUGUGGGCUGCCGCGAUUUCGUCAGAGGCUCCUCCUUGAUGGAGACAACUUGCCAGAUGACAUGGUCCUGGACUUCCCCUCAGAUCGUGACUUGCAGCUUGUGAUGUUGGGCUUUGUUAGCACCUCCCAAGAGCAAGAGGAGGUUAUGGAAGCUGCUAUCAAGGACGGUUCUGUGGCAGAGGUUGAAAACUUGCUCCAGCUGCCCAUGGAUCCAAACGCCGGGCGUUUUCACAGUUUUCUUUCCAGCAGCAUCGGGAGCAUCGAGAUCAUGCAGCUGCUGCUGGAAGCAAAAGCUGACCCUAACGGCGGAACCCGCCUUCCCCCUCUUCGCCAUGCCAUACUGCAACAUGAGCUGGAGGCAGUGAAAUGCCUGUUGAAAGCAGGAGCCAGCCUCGAACAAGGUGCUCUGACCCCGCUGUGCUUCGCUGCGCUCUGCGGACAUUCGGGUGUGCUGCGGGUUCUCCUGGUUGCCAGAGCCAACACCGAAGUCCGAACCUACGAUGGAUCGACUCCGCUCCACCUGGUGACUCAAAACCUCCGGCCAAAGGCUGCCGUGGAUACUGCGACCAUGUUGGUGGAAGCCGGUGCCAUCGUCGACUCCCAGGAUAAGUUCGGACAAGCGCCAUUGUGGCUGGCAUGCAGUCGUGGCCAUAUGAGGGUGGUGCGCCUGUUCCUGAAGGCUGGGGCCCGCACCAGCAUCCGUGACAGGCGUGGAGAGACUCUAUUUCAUGCCGCCGGUGGCCGCAAGCACAUUUUGCGGCUCUUAUCGAACUCCAAGUGGUCACGGGCACCGCAUGUCAAAGCACGUAGCCGCCAAUGA